CCUUUUCACCAUUCUCACACAGUUCUGUCACUCACUCACUCACUCUGUCUCUGCAACUGAGAGUAGUGAAUGAAUGCAUUAUUCCAAUCAAUAAUGGCCGGUCUCCUCCUCUUCCUCUCUCUCCUCUCUCUCCUCUCCCCGCUCUCCUCCGCCGCUGGCCACCCCCGCCUGACCUUGGUGGACCGCAGGCCGUCCCUAGCCCUAACCCCGCCCGCCAUCGCCCAGGCCUGCAAGGCUACCCGCUUCCAGGACACCUGCAUAUCCUCCCUCACCCGAUCCAAGGAGUCCGGCCUCCCUCCCAAGCCCGGCCCACUUGACAUCAUCGGUUCCGCGUUGCGGGUCUCAUCCGCGAACCUCGCCACCGCCCAGUCCAUGGUCCGGUCCAUCCUCCAGACCUCCGCGGGGCACCUCAACCGAACCAACCACGCCAAGAACUGCCUAGAGGUCCUGCCACUGUCCCAGCACCGGAUCACGUUGACGACGGCGGCCCUGCCCCGUCACAAGACCAAGGAUGCGCGGGCCUACAUGAGCGCGGCCCUGCAGUACCAGUACGACUGCUGGUCGGAGCUCAGCUACUCGAACGACACGAGCCAGGUUGACCGGACCAUGUCGUUUCUGAACAACCUCAUGUGGCUGACCAGCAAUGCCCUCAGCAUGAUCAACUCCUACGACAUAUACGGCCCCAACACAGGCUCGUGGAGGCCGCCCGCGACGGAGAGGGCUGGUUUCUGGGGGUCUGGCUCGAAAAGCGUCGGGUCUUCGUUCGGAUCGAAGGGCGGGUUCCCAUCGAAGGUGGCAGCAACUGUGACCGUGUGCAAGGCAGGGAAAGGAGUGUGUAGCUACCGGACGGUGCAGGAAGCCGUCAAUGCAGCGCCAAACAACGGCGAGAAGAAAUUCGUGAUACACAUAAAGGAAGGGGUCUACGCGGAGAUCGUUAGGAUUCCUUUGGAGAAGAAGAACGUGGUGUUCUUGGGGGAUGGGAUGGGCAAAACGGUCAUCACCGGCUCCUUGAGCGUGGCCCGCCCCGGGCUUUUCACCUAUAAUACGGCUACAGUCGGAGUCCUGAGCGAUGGGUUCAUGGCGAGGGGGGUCACGUUCGAGAACACGGCGGGACCCGAUGUGCAACAGGCAGUGGCCUUCCGGUCGGAUAGCGACCUCUCGGUCGUCGAGAACUGUGAGUUCCUGGGGAAUCAGGACACUCUCUACGUCCACUCCCUACGUCAGUUCUACAAGUCGUGCCACAUAGAGGGCAACGUGGACUUCAUCUUCGGGAACGCUGCUGCCUUCUUCCAGGACUGCGUGAUCCUAGUCCGGCCCCGACAGCUGAACCCUGAGAAGGGAGAGAAAAAUGCCAUCACGGCCCAGGGAAGAACCGAUCCAGCCCAGUCCACAGGGCUUGUGCUUGCGAACUGCAUGAUUAACGGAACCGAAAGAUAUAUGGAACUGUAUCGUAGCAACCCAAAGGUGCACAUGAACUUCCUGGGAAGGCCGUGGAAGGAGUACUCGAGGACGGUCUUCAUCCACUGCUACAUGGAUGUGCUCAUCACGCAGAACGGGUGGAUGCCCUUCAGGGAAGACUUUGCUACCAGGACACUCUACUAUGGGGAGUUCGGAAACUCUGGCCCAGGGUCCAGUUUGUCCGGUCGUGUCACGUGGAGCAGCAAAAUUCCAGCCAACCGUGUUUCGACAUAUUCGGUGCAGAAUUUCAUCCAGGGCAAUGAAUGGAUUCCGGGGUCGGCCUAAUCACCAAAUGGUCGAGGCAGCUUAGAUAGUAUGACUAAACCUAGCUUUGGCGCAGAAGAAGCUUUACGCAAUGUGUAUCACUGAAGCGAAGUUGUCUUGCCACAAAAACAUAUAUAAAGGAUAGUACUUCGAGUAUGAUGGUUAUUCGAUAAGAGAUUUUAUUGCAGGUGGUCUUUUCUAUUUUCAUGAACUUUUUUCGGUUACG